AAAUCUUCCCUUACUAUGUCGGUUGGUCCCAGAUACGAAGAAACAAGGGGCAAAUAACUGAUUCUGCCAUCUGAUUUACAGGUCAUCAUCAGCUUCUAUUACUGUUCCACCGGUGAAUCGAAUUCUGACCUACCGUUCUCUUUCCGUCCGACUGUUCGAAAAUUUGAGAUUCCAGUGAGCAACAAUCUACCCUCUUUCAACCAGACACCCCCCUGCUUUGUAGGAGGGAUGUAUCUCAGAAGCAUGGAGGAGUUCUGGGCUUUCUACAUGAACCAGCACGCGAUGGCAGCAACAAGGCGGUGGCACUUUGCAGGCACACUCUGUAGUAUACUGUGGUUAAUAUACUCGGUGAUGUUCAACCGGUGGUGUUUGGUUUUUGUGCCUCUGUUUGGUUAUGGUUUCGCGUGGUACAGCCAUUUCUUUGUUGAAGGGAAUGCUCCUGAAACUUUCAGGCACCCCUUUUUGUCCCUCUUGUGUGAUUUCAAGAUGUUCGGGUUGAUGCUCACUGGUCAGAUGGAUAGAGAGAUUAAGAGGCUUGGUAAGAGGCCUGUCUUGCAAGCUUACUGAGCCUUUUCUUUCAGUUGUCAUUUUCUCUUUUGUUCUUUUGAUGAUUGUUGGACUUGGGAGGAUGAUAUAGGGGGAUUUGGUGUGGGGGGAGGGUGACUUUCAAUAGUUUCUGUUGUAUCAUUAUGUAAGUAUAUGAUGAAUUCAUGAUAGUUGUUGUUCUGUUAAUA